GGUUCGCAGGAAAAUCCCAUGAACUGAAAGUGCAGUGCAAUUGCGUUAGCCAAAUAUUUUAUCAUUUUUUGUCCCAGUGGAAAAUGAUAAUAUAUAUUAUCACAAACAAUAUUGGUUAAAGAGGACACCUUAUAUAAAUUUCUAGUGGAUGCACUAGUCUAAUUGUUGAUGCAUCCUCCUUGUAUAUUCAGAAACCAUAUAUAGUAUAUAUGUCCAUGGUUGACCUUGGUGGGGAAGGCAGCCAGUGUCUGAUCUCUAUAAAAACAAAGGUGAAGGUUUUGUUGGGACCUUACCUUUUCUCGUUAUAAUGAAAUGGCUUGGUGGAGGUUUAUUCCUGCUCUAGUUUCCAAGCCAAAACUUGCAAACAUUUUAUCUGGUUUGAUAGUUUCAUUUGGCCUAACCUGAUCUGUUUCUGGCGACUCUUUUUUAUCAGAUACUCUUCUGUCAAACCAGCGAUAGUUUCCUUUUAUAUUGCAUAAUUCUGACACUUGCAUGGCGACCUUAAAUGCUGAUAAAGAGACAAACAAAAGGCAUUGUUUUUAUCAGAUGAGCAGUUUGUUCACUGUUUGCGUUUUCUGUGCUUGUUUGUACUGGCUGAGUGCAAGCUCAAAAUCUGCGGCUUCACAGAGAAUAGGAGGGCCUAGAAAUAUUGUUGAAGGCACUGUUUUUAUCAAUGGAACAGCUCCAAUUGGGACAACAGACCAUGAUUUUAUUUGUGCUACUUUGGACUGGUGGCCUCCCGAUAAAUGUGACUAUGGAACUUGUAGCUGGGGCAAAGCUUCUUUUCUUAAUCUGGAUCUUACCAACCCAAUAUUGUUGAAUGCAAUCAAAGCCUUUUCUCCUCUGAAAAUCAGAAUGGGGGGCACUUUACAAGAUAAAGUCAGAUAUGAAAGACUAGGUGAACCUUGUCCAACAUUUGUCAAAAGUACAGAAAUUUUCGGCUUUUCCCAAGGUUGCUUGCCAAUGUCUCGGUGGGAUGAAUUGAACAACUUCUUCAAACAAGCCGGGGCUGUUGUUCUUUUCGGGUUAAAUGCGUUGAGUGGCAGGACAACAGCGGCAGAUGGUUCUGCUGUAGGUGCUUGGAAUUCAAGUGAUGCUGAAUUUCUCAUGCGAUAUUCUGUUAACAAGGGGUACACCAUUCACGGUUGGGAGCUUGGAAAUGAAGUAAGUGGGAGUGGAGUUGGAACAAAAGUCGCAGCAGAUCAAUAUGCAUCUGACAUAAACAAUCUGCAGAUGAUAGUGCAAACUAUUUAUGCAGGUUUUGAAGUUAAGCCACUAGUCCUAGCACCAGGAGGGUUCUUUGAUGCAAACUGGUUCACACAAUUUAUAAACAAAACACCUAGAUCUCUUCAAGUAGUCACCCACCACAUUUAUAACCUUGGUCCAGGUGAUGAUGAUCACCUAAUUGAUAAGAUAUUGAAUCCAUCAUACCUCGAUGGAGGUUCCCGACCAUUCAGAAGUCUUCAGGGGAUUUUGAAGACUUCAGGGACUCCAGCUGUUGCUUGGGUUGGUGAGGCAGGAGGUGCUUACAACAGUGGCCAUAAUCUUGUCACAAAUGCAUUUGUGUUUAGUUUCUGGUACUUGGACCAGCUAGGCAUGGCAUCGUCAUAUGACACAAAAACAUAUUGUAGACAGACAUUGAUUGGUGGAAAUUAUGGCCUUCUUAACACUGGCACCUUUGUCCCUAAUCCUGAUUAUUACAGUGCUCUUCUGUGGCACCGUUUGAUGGGAAGAAAUGUUCUGUCAACAACUUUCUCUGGGACUAACAACAUACGCGCUUAUGCUCACUGUGCAAAAGCAUCGAAAGGAAUUACAUUGCUGUUGAUCAACCUCGACGGAAACACUACUGUUAAAGUCCAUGUUUCAACUGAAAAUGUUACCAGCAAUGGAACUUUGGUAACGCAACAACAAAAUCAAACAAAGUUUUCCGGGAUGUCUAGGGGUUCAAUUAUCGAUGUCAGUACAAGAGAGGAAUAUCAUUUAACGGCCCUGAAUGGUGAUUUACACAGUCAAACAGUGCUCCUAAAUGGGAACUUACUUUCUGUAAAUUCAUCUGGGAGGAUCCCUCCUUUGGAACCAAUUGAAACCAGCCAGUCCGAUCCAAUAACUGUUGCCCCUUUCUCUAUUGUAUUUGCUCACAUUGCUAAUUCCACUGUUCCUGCUUGUGAGUAUGUAGAAUGAAAAUUGAUCACUUGUUCAUUUUUCAUGUAUGGUAAUAAGAUUCAACAUAUUGGAGCAAAAA